GAUCUCGCAUGCGCCGUAGUAGCCUACUCGCCGCUUUAAACCAAGGCUGGACAGAUGUUAAGCAGCCUGGUUGAGGGGUGAAACUCCGGGAAAACAUUUUAAAGAGGGAGCUGAAGAGUCAACGCUGACCAUAUGAAUGUAGGGACAAAAUAAAUAACGGGCAUCAUGUUGAGAAAAUAGUUCCAGAUAUGUCAGCAGCAGGAGCGACGCGGAAAUGUCCACAACCGAGCAACAGCCAAAUCGAGUCUGUGGUAGAGGAUGACAGCAGAGGGGUCCACCGGAGCGGUCAACGCCGUCUGCACCCAAGACUCCUCCCACUCACCUAAAACAACCUGCCCACAAACCACAUGGCCCUGCCCACAGAAGGAUGAGCUCGAAGUCAGACUCCGCCUCCGCUCCCCUCCUGGGGCGUGGCUACUAGCGGGCGUUGUCGUGGUGAUGGUGGGAAUGUUUGUGGCCGUGGCCGGGUACGCUAGCUCCACCCCUAACCCUGUGGGUGGGCGAGGCAGCUCCCACAGCGAGCGAAUGAAACUGCUCGGCCCUGUCGUGAUGGGCAUCGGCCUGUUCAUCUUCAUCUGUGCUGGAACCCUGCUGUAUGAGAACCGGGACCGCGAGAACCGAGAGCGUGAGAACCUUGAGAACCCUGAGGAGCAGCGGAAACACAAACAGAAGAAAACAAGGGAAUGGCGCCGGGAGAACCGUGAUUGUGAGGAUGUGGAACAGGGGAACCAGAGAGAGCCCUCAGACAGACACUCCCCUCUCCCUGAGUGCCCGCCCCCCCUGCCUCCCAGAGUGCCUAGACAGGAGGGGUUAGAGUUGAACGUUCUCUCUGUGGGGGCGCUGAGCUCACUGCUACCAGGGGAGGGACAGGGGCGUGAAGAGAGAGUCAGAGAGGUGGGGGGUAAAGGGGGGUCAACCCUGCUGACCAGAGUCAUGCACCACCAGGACCCCCUCCUCCUGUCCCUCCCCAGCUCCCUCCUCUGUGUACUCUGACUCCUGUAACUCCAGUCAGAUCAACUAUAACGUUCAGACAGGCUCCCCUAUCCACUCUAUUCUCCAACUCUGAGAUACUACUGUACUCACAUCUUUACACGCUUUUCUAAAUAAAUGCACCACAUAUUUCUCCA